AUGUCAGGUCCUCUGAUAGUGUUAUUAGGAGUUUGUAUAUUUGCUUGCAUUUGUCUUAUUAGUUUGUUGAUGCACUUAAGAGCUGCAUGGAGUUUGGUGGCUUUGGUAGAGAAGGUAUAG